CACGACCGGUGCACCGCGAGACGGCAGACAGGAUGACAACUCAACAGCAGGAGCAGGAGAAGCGCUACGACCCCCAAAGAGACAGCACCCUAAAAUUUGUCACCAGACAGGAUGACAUCACCCUGGAUGACGACCCUAACACUCUGAGGGCAGAGAUGUCCUGUGGUCACGCGGUCACCCCCCAGUCACUGACCGCAUGGUGCAGGAGUCUUCUCGAUCAGGGACAGCACCGGUUCUUCUGCCCCGCGCUCAAAGAUGGCACAUUGCAGAAGUGUGAGGCAGAGUGGACCUAUCAGGAGGUCCGAAAACUGGCCCUGCUGAAUGCUCAGGAACAGCAGUACUUUGAGGAAACCCUGGCGGCCCUGGCUGCAGCAGAAUACUGCGAGUACAAGUCUUGUCCAGGGUGUAAGACGUGUGUGGAGAGAGAGGACCUGUGCAACCUGUGUGUACACUGCACUAUCUGCACCGCGGAGACGGGCCGGGUCUACGAGUUCUGCUGGCAGUGCCUGAGGCAGUGGAAGGGGCCCGGGCCCCGCUCCGAUCGCUGCGACAACGACGGCUGCACCAAUAAGGACCUGCAGCUGCUGGGGAAGUGUGCCACCACCGCCCUGCCGCAGGUGCCGGGCGUGACCGAGUGCCCGUCCAUUCGCGCCUGCCCCACCUGCGGCCUGCUGGUGGAGCACGACCGCACCGGGUGCAAGAACAUUCUGUGCUCUCGCUGCCAGAGGGAGUUCUGCUUCGUCUGCCUGAAGCUCACGCCCGUCUGCCUGCAGACCAGCACCCACUUCGUGCCCUGCUCUGACGGCAUCGCACCCCGGCAGACAGCAAUACCCUCCUGGAACAGACACAAUGUCUAACACAGGAGUCCUCCAGGUGGACACAGUCACACAG